UCCUUGGCAACAGACGUGAACGAUAUGAGGCGUUGUGUUGCGCGUGCCCAGCUACUCGCUUAGCUCGCUACCUAGCUCUACUUAGCUCCCUGUGGAUCUUCUGCCAUCCGGAGCGUCACCAUUCAUCCGCUCAACGGGCGCGCGCGUUGCCGUUAAAUCUAGUUGGAGCCAACGCCGCUCGACAUUUUGGGGGAAUUGAUAACUCUGUAGGCUAACUGAUACCGUCAGAUAGCUUAGUGACAACGGGGCUGCUAGUUAUUCAACUGACGUUAGUUAUUCACCUGCGCGUCGCUAAGUUACAGCUAGGUUAGGCUAGCUGAGGUGUUGUGGUCAAAACGGCAACCUCGCGUGACGUAACUCGCGAACACUUUUUUUUAUUUAUAUAACUCGCUUGACUUCAUAAACUCUGUUAUUGUGCUGCCACUUAAUUGACUUUCAUAACUUUGAGAGUUUAUCCGGCUUAAAAAAUGAAUAUUAAUUAUAAUAUCGCAUUGUUUUAUAACUUUAUUUCGCGUUGAUGCAGACCGAAUUCGAACUGACCGGAAGUGAUUCGACUCGUUAAUCAGUGACGCGCCCCGCCUGUCAGUUUACUCGCAGUCUGAGAUGGACGGCGGAGAGGAGGUGCGAAUGGACGCUGCCCCGCACUGCUGCUCCACCUGUGAUGGAGGAGGGGAGGUCGCCGGGCGCAGCCUGGCUCGACGCAGCAAGAAGACCCGCAGCCAGAGCGCCUCCUCCGCUGCCAGCUCCUCCUGCGACUACAGGAGGUCCCAGUCGCUUCACGGACCAAGCCCUGUGACCACGUUCGGCCCGAAGGCAUGCAUGCUGCAGAAUCCACACACUGUCAUGCACAUUCAAGACCCCGCCAGCCAGAGGCUGACGUGGAACAAGCCACCACAAAGCGUCCUCGUCAUCAAGAAGAUCCGCGACGCCAGUCUGCUUCAGCCCUUCAAGGAGAUCUGCACGUUCCUCACCGAGAUGAAAGACUUGAUUGUUUAUGUGGAAAAGAAAGUUCUGGAGGACCCAGCCAUUUCAGACGAUGAAAACUUUGGAGCCAUUACGAAGAAAUUCUGCACUUUCAGAGACGAUCUUGAUGACAUCUCCAACCGCGUAGACUUCAUCAUCUGUCUCGGUGGGGAUGGAACUUUGCUUUACGCGUCUUCGCUCUUCCAGGAGAGCGUUCCACCAGUUAUGGCCUUUCACCUGGGCUCCCUGGGAUUCCUGACACCUUUCAAGUUCGACACCUACCAGUCUCAGGUCACCCAAAUUAUCGAAGGUAAUGCUGCCAUCGUCCUGCGAAGUCGUUUGAAAGUCCGGGUUCUCAAAGAGAGCUGCGAGAAGAAGGCCAAAGUUGACGAGAACUGCAUCAUCCUGACCAACGGGGACGUCGAAAGCAGCCGGAGAGCGGUGCAGUAUCAGGUACUGAACGAGGUGGUGGUGGACAGAGGACCCUCCUCGUAUCUCUCCAACGUCGACCUCUUCCUGGAUGGACACCUCAUCACCACCGUGCAGGGGGACGGUGUGAUCGUGUCCACGCCCACGGGCAGCACGGCGUACGCGGUGGCAGCGGGAGCUUCCAUGAUCCAUCCCAACGUCCCGGCCAUCAUGAUAACGCCCAUCUGCCCUCACUCGCUCUCCUUCAGGCCCAUCGUGGUGCCCGCCGGGGUGGAGCUCAAGAUAAUGCUGUCGCGUGAAGCGAGAAACACGGCCUGGGUGUCGUUCGAUGGGAGAAAGAGACAAGAGAUCUGCCACGGGGACAGUAUUACCAUCACCACUUCCUGCUUCCCUGUUCCCUCCAUCUGUUUCCGGGACCCGGUCAACGACUGGUUCGAGAGCCUGGCCCAGUGUCUCCACUGGAACGUGAGGAAGAAGCAGAACUACCUCAGCUCGGAGGACGAGGAGUUCUGAGGCGUCUCUUCAAGGCCUUCGCCAAAGUCUCAAGGACCCCAUCAGUCCUGGUUUUUAGUUUGAUCUGUUUCGCUCUGUUCUUCUUCUUCUGGAUCGCUCUCACCAAACUCCAUUCAGAAUAGUCGUAAUAACGUUGCCUCCAAUUUUGUUUAAAUGUGUUAAUUAUAUUUAAGCAUUAGUGUUUUCAUACUUGGUUUCAAAAGGCCCUUUUUUCCACAAGUCUUUUUUAUUUUAUUAAUGCUAUUUCCCCCCUCAAUGACACUCACUCCCGCUGCGAGUGACAGGAAAGUUAUCUACAGCCUAUUGGCUGAAAGGUGAGGAGGCGGAGACUGGAGACAACUCCACACUCUUAAAUGAGGACUUUUUUUUUUAAUGAGUGUAAUUUAAAAAUGCGAGAAAGACAUACAACAUUGAAAAAUGGGCAUUUUGAGAUGAACUGAAAUGAAGAAAUAGCAAAGGGAGGGAGGUCGGGCCCGGUGUGUUUGAAGAGAUCGGCUUUUGACAAGUAAUCCGGAGGGAAUACAAAACUCGGGAUGAACUUGGACUAAAGCUUUGAAGGGCCGUUAUCGCAUUACUCUUGGUCCGUUUUGGCACUUUUUGUUUUUUAAGAUGGACGUCAGGGACACAUCUCGUACUUUAUAAACAACAAGUUAGUUCUUUCAGUCGAGGUUGGACGUUUUUCAACAAAAAAAAGAACAUUUAAUUAAAUCAAACUCACACAAACGUACACAGUGUUAAUCAAAUCAGGAAAAAUAACUGAUGUAAUGUCAGGAAUGAAAUGACAAAUGUUGUCUUACAGCUUUCUGUAGGUGCAUCGUGGGGCGGGGGAGGGGAGGGGAAAGUAGAUUCACAGCACAUCUACUUGGCAAUAGUGACCCAAAUGUACAGACUGUGCCUUAAAACGCUGGUAUAUCGUGAAUUAAUAGGAAUGUAACUUUUCAAGGUUUUCACGUCGUUGCGGCGGCGCCAUCACACACUCGUUGUCGCCACAUGCUGUCGCCGCUGUCGUCGCCGUCUGCUGCACACGGCACUCGAGUGGCCGUCUUGGGUCGUUGCGUAACCUCCGUUCUGCAGUCGUCGUCGUUGGCGACGCGUUGGAUGAUGUGUCGGAGGCGCAGGGCGGUGGUCGUCGCUCCCGUGUCUUCAGUGUCCAUUUUUUAACGUCCGUUUUUCCAAAACGCCGUUUAAGCCAUAGCUGAACUGUGUGUAGGGUUUAUCGACCGGAUGUCUGCGGGUGAUUUUUAAGGAUUUGUAGUCUUUCCGACUUUGUUCACUUUGCUACAACUACACUGUGUUGAUGAAUACUUGUGGCCUACCGUACACGUCUGUCCACAUGUGUUUUUAUAGAUCAUAAUUAAUAUAUAUAUUAUAUGUUAAUAUAUGUAUGUUAAUAUAUAAAUAUAUAUAUAAAUAUAUAUCUACACAAAUAUAUAUUUAUUUAUAUAUUUAUUUAUAUAUAUAAAUUAAUAUAUACAUAUGUUUUAUUAUAGAUAUACUCACAAAAUCUAAAUUGGCUUAACAAAUUGUGUCUGUAACUCCAAUGGACCAACUGAGCUCUGAAAAGGCAAUCAUUCCUUUAACUCUUGGGUAUGUGUGUAUAUAUUGUAUGUGAUGUUUGAAUAAGAUUUAUUUUGUAAAGUCAAUAUGUUUAUUAAUCCGUUUACAUUGUAUCUUAUCAUUGCUGAAAAUAAAUCUAUUUGAUACUUUUUUACAUUAAUAAGCUCUAUAAUUAAUUAUUUUUGUCGACCAAUACGUCUGUCUGGCAACGUUUUAAAAAACAGCUUUUAAUAUAUUAGAAGUACUUGUAUAGCAGUACUUCUACAACAACUUGAUGACAUAUUUUUCAUCAGUUCUUUAACAUGUGUGAAAACAACAUGUAAAAGCAAGAAAAACAAAAACAUCUUUCACUUCUAUUUUCUAAGUCGUUGUCAACUCUCAAAGUGCUUUUCAUUUUUCUCACUGACUUUUGUAUUUGUAUGUUUGUUUCUAAUAUGAAUCCUACUAUUCCUUUUUUUUUUUUUCACAGCACUUUAAUAAACGGUACAUUUAACGAGGGA